GAACCAACAUGCAGUGAAGUACAAGAGCUGACAGGCCCCGUUCACUGCACAAACACAUGUUGUUUAGAUCAGAGCUAAAACUGGUUUCAGUUCCGAGGAAGUGAAACUCAGAAACCUGUUGCAACUGAAAUGGCGCAGAAAGGACUUCAGCUCGACCGGGAAACCUUCUCUUGUUCGAUCUGUCUGGAUUUACUGAGGGAUCCGGUGACUACUCCCUGUGGACACAGUUACUGCAUGAACUGUAUUAAAGGCUUCUGGGAUGAAGAGGAUGAGAAGCAAGUCCACAGCUGCCCUCAGUGCAGGCAGACCUUCACACCGAGGCCUCUCCUGCUGAAAAACACCAUGUUAGCAGUUUUAGUGGAGGAACUGAAGAAGACUGAACUCCAAGCCGAACCUGCUGAUCACUGCUAUGCUGGACCUGAAGAUGUGGCCUGUGAUUUCUGCACUGGGAGAAAACUGAAAGCCCUCAAGUCCUGUCUGGUGUGUCUGGCCUCUUACUGUGAGAAACACCUCCAGCCUCAUUAUGAAUCACCCACAUUUAAAAAACACAAGCUGGUGGAGCCCUCCAAGAAGCUUCAGGACAGCAUCUGUUCUCAUCAUAAUGAGGUGAUGAAGAUGUUCUGCCGUACUGAUCAGCAGUGUAUCUGUUAUCUCUGCCCUGUGGAUAAGCAUAAAGGCCACCACACGGUGUCAGCUGCAGCAGAAAGGGCCGAGAGGCAGAGAGAGCUCGAGGUGAGUCGGCAAAGCGUCCAGCAGAGAAUCCAAGACAGAGAGAAAGAUGUGAAGGAGCUUCAGCGGGAGGUGGAGGCCAUCCAGCGCUCUGCUGAUAAAGCAGUGGAGAACACUGAGAAGAUCUUCACUGAGAUGAUCCGUCUCAUGGAGAAAAGAAGUUCUGAUGUGAAGCAGCAGGUCAGGUCCCUGGAAGAAACUGAAAUGAGGCAAGUCAAAGAGCGUCAGGAGAAGCUGGAGCAGGAGAUCACCGACCUGAAGAGGAAAGAGGCUGAGCUGAAGCAGCUCUCACACACAGAGGAUCACAUCCAGUUUUUACAUAAUUACCCGACACUGUUGCAACUUGGUGAGUCUAAAGACUCAAACAGCAUCAAUAUCCGUCCUCUGAGGUACUUUGAGGAUGUGAUAUCUGCUGUGUUAGAGGUCAGAGAUAAACUGCAGAAUAUUCUGAGUGAAAAGUCGACAAACAUCUCAUCGAAAGUAGCUGAAGUGGAUGUAUUAUUGCCACAGCCAGAGCCCAAGACCAGAGCAGAAUUUCUGAAAUAUUCAUGUGAAAUCACACUGGAUCCAAACACAGCCCACACAGAGAUGAUUUUAUCUGAGGGGAACAGAAAAGCAACAUUAAAGAGGCAACAACAGUUUCAUUCCAGUCACCCAGACAGAUUCGUUUACUGUUGUCAGGCCCUGAGUAUGGAGAGUUUGACUGGACGUUGUUACUGGGAGGUGAUCAGGAAAGGGAGGGUUUAUGUAGGCGUCGCAUACAAGAGUAUCAGCAGAGCAGUGUGCGCCACUGAAUGUGGACUUGGACUCAACCACAAAUCUUGGGCAUUAAAUUGUAAAAAAGAUGGCAUUUAUGAGUUUUAUUUUAACAAAAUCGUAACUCCAGUGUCAGGUCCUUCAUCCCCCAGAGUCGGAGUGUACCUGGACCACACAGCAGGUAUUCUGUCCUUCUACAGCGUCUCUCACACAUCUAACAUGACUCUCCUCCACAGAGUCCAGACCACAUUCACUCAGCCUCUCUAUGCUGGACUUCGGCUGUAUUACAAUUAUGGAGACAUUGCUGAGUUCUGUAAACUCAAAUAGACAGAAGUCAUUUCAGGGAGACAGUGGGUUAAAUGUUCUGUUUUUCAUUUCUGGAAGUUGUCUUGUAUCACUGAACAGUGUUACCACCUGUCUUUGUUUAGGUGGCUCUGCUUGCUGUGUCUGUUUAACUGUGGAGGCAAUCACUGCUCAAGACGAGCUGGGUUUCCCUGAAAUGACAUUUCUCUGCAUAAAAAUGUAAACAUGAUCAUAAUCAUUAAGAAGAUCUUUUAUUAUUUGCUUGUAUAUUGCUGAGAUUCUGGUCAAAAAGCUGAUUAUAUGGACGAAGUGAAUCUGGACGUGAAAUCACUGAACGCAAGUCAUUUAACAGACUUUUCUGUUGGGUUGUGUGAACAAACUCAAGGUUUCCACUCUGAGAAACAAACAUGAACAUGAUAUUUUCUGCUUAGUUUCAUUCCAGGAACAAAAAAAAAAAAAACAAGAAAAAUAUAUUAUUUGUAUAAUUUCCUCAGUGUCACCAGCUACAAACAACAUCCUCAUUUUAGCGACACUCGACUUGACACUGAGCUCUCGCCUUUAGCUCAGCUCUAACUAAACUCUCCUCCAGUUUGGCUGCCAGCUGGAGUAGCAGCUCAUUAGCAGAGAAGCUGUUCAUGUGAGAAGACACCAGUGCAGUGUGUGUUUGCCCCGGCAGAGUGUGUGUUUACUUGUCAGUAGAAAACAGGAAACUGGAAGUUCAUCACUAAGACAAAACAUAUGUAACAUAAGUAACGGCCCACUGCUUGUCAGGGUAUGAGUUAAAGGAAUAGAAUUAAUUUCAUUACAUUGUACUGAGUGUGAUUGCAUGUGACAAUAAAGAAAUUUUCUACAAA